UAUGCUCUAAGGCAAGGACAUGGUGAGAGGAGAUACUCACAAGACCGUGGUUGAAAGUGUAUAGUGACUGCAGACAAGUAAUGGCUGACAGUAUCGCGAGUAUUUCGGUGACAUAAUCGCACAGAUUUACGUUAAUUGUCGACCGCGGACGAAUAGAUAUUCUGAGUGUAGAAUUUAAGGAGAUAUGAACGAUAUAGAAUAUCGAGAAAGAAUUAAUUAGUAGUCGUAUUCUCAUAUUAAUUGGCUAACCAGAUAAUUUGGCUGCAGAAAUCUUACACCGAGGAAUGUCCGAGAGUGAACCCGUAGCGUCUCAACAAAAGCAGCAACAUCAGUACCAGCAGCAGCAACAGCAACUAGCCGCCGAAACGAUGACGGGAAUGACUUGGCAGUAUCCACCUCCAACUCAUCCAACUCUCUAUUCGCCCUAUGCAGGGCAAUUAUAUGGCCAAGGGUAUGGAUCUCAAGGUCAGAUGUUUUACUACAACCAAGGAAUGAUGCCGGGUUAUGGUCAGACGUUUAACACGCAACAGGUGCAGCAACAGCAACAACAGCAGCAGCAGACAGCAUCAACUCAAAAUAAUCAAGCAAAGCAACAGUCACAGCAGCCGCCUGUACCUGGAACUCCCGUAUCGCUUGACGAUGACUCUGACCUCCCCCCUCUUCCCCCAGGACCACCACCCCCUUCGCAGUCAUCCCAACAGCCAAAUAACCAUAAUCCACAACUCCAGCAACCACCACCCUUCGUUUACAGCUCUUUCCCUUACAAUGGUUGGAAUGGAAUACAAAACGAUCACUCACAAUUUAAUGGUGGUCAAAUCCGCUUCAAUCUUCAAAACAAGAAAACAGGUCUUGGCUUCAGUCCUUCAGGUAACAGCGGAGCGGCUAAGAAAAAACGUAAGAGGAAUAAGAACCUGGCUGCGCAGUUCAACAAUAGUUUUCCAGGAAACAAUAAUGCAACUGCGACCAGUUUUAUUCCUGGGGCUAAUCUUAAGUCAGAACUACCGCCUUUACCUCCAACUCAGCAUCAACCACCCGUGCCUCCUCCACCUUCAGAAAACCCGCCGGAAAUAGUGACACCUUCAUUAAAUUCCCAAACAGUAGUCACUGCUCAAAAUAUUCCUAGAAAACCGGCUGUAGGUACCACUCCCCCAACUGCUAUGACAACCACGAGUCCUGUUGGUGACUGGCCUGAUAGUCUAAAAAACUACGUUAAUCGUUGCUACGAGAAAUGCAAAACAGGCGUUGACAAGGAUCAAGUUGAAAUUAUACUGAAGGGUAAAAUAACGCGUUCUGCUAACGAUGGUUCCCUGUGGGUUAAGGACUGGGAUAAAGAGCCUCUACCAAGCAUUCACAGCGAGCGCAUGACAAUGACGAUAAAGGCUCAGAACCAGAGUUUGAAGCUGGGAAAUCCUUUGGUGGUUCAUGGACAGGGAGGCCAGCGCAAGACGGGCCUCUCUACCUCUCUUGGGGCCCGUCUUGGUGCACGUCUCUCUGCCGGCUCUCACCGUAGGUCGAGGUCGAGGUCGAGGUCGAGGUCGAGGACGAGGUCGAGGUCGCGUAGCCCUCCUUUUCGAAAGUACAGGCGAAGCACUUCUUCUUCGUCUAAUACAAGCGACCGGGACCACGAGCAUAAGUGUUCGUCGUCAAAGUCGAAAAAAUCGAGCAGAAGUAAGCCGAGUUAUAACAACAAUAACAGCAGCGGCGGUGGUAGCAACAACAGCAGUACCAGCAACAAAAAGAUGAAGAAGGCUAAGCAAAAUAAAUCACAUUUCUAUUCAGAGUUUGGUUUAGCUACAGGAAACGGAGAUGAACUUGGAUCCAAGGAAAAACUUCAACAGCGUGCUGCACGCUUCAGCGAUUCUAUUUCCAGGAACAGCAUAAAUAUCAAGGAUGAUGGUGCUACUGAAUUUGAUUUUACAGGGCUUCACAUCGUCGGUACCUGCAAGGAUCUUGAAAAACCUUAUUUACGCCUCACUUCUGCUCCUGCAGCUUCCGCAGUGCGGCCAGUAAGUGUGCUUCGUUUUUCUCUGGCUCACGUUAAAAAACGUUGGGUAGCUGAGCAGGACUACAGAUACGCUUGCGACCAGCUGAAAUCAAUUCGUCAAGAUUUAACAGUGCAGGGUAUAAGGGAUUCGUUUACAGUUCAUGUUUACGAAACUCACGCUCGUGUCGCCUUAGAGCGAGGUGACCAUGAAGAGUUCAACCAGUGUCAAACGCAGUUAAGAAUGCUGUAUCAGGAUCUUGGUGGUGAAAAUCGUACAGAGUUCGUAGCAUACAGGAUACUUUACUACAUAUUCACGAAAAAUACACAAGACUUGACAACAAUUUUAGCAUCUUUGACAGCCGAAGAUAAAGAAGAUGAAUGCAUAAAACAUGCACUAAAAGUCCGCUCGGCGUGGUGGCUGGGUAACUUCCACGUAUUUUUCAAACUGUACCGUAAAACCCCGCGAAUGGCAGCCUUUCUUAUGGACUGGUUCAUUGCUAGGGAGCGCAAGAAUGCGCUAAAACAUAUGAUAAAAUCCUACCGGCAAAAUUUGGCGGUCGAUUUCAUCGUUGCGGAAUUGGCCUUUGAUUCUUUGGACAAGUUUUAUGAAUUUGUCUCCGAGCUUGGGUUGGCUUACGCCGACCCUGAGCGAAUCCAAGUUGACUGCAAGACUAGUAGUGGUAAUCUAGGUAGCUGGUAGCUGCUGCCCGGAUCCUCUUUUCUUCACGAGGAAACUGCUUUGAAAUCAAAUUGUUUUGAUGUGUACACCUGUCAUGGUGUGAACACAUUGUGUUUUCCUUUACACCUUCAAAAACAAAACACAUAAGUGCGGAUGAGUCGUUGUUAUCGAUCCUCAUCGCACUCCCAACUUCGGAUCAACUAUUGACAGGCUAAAUAGCUUACUAAAGCGAAAUUUAGGAGAAGAAGAAGUCGUUACCGGCGCUACAUGUAUAAUUAUAUCUUCUGACACGGAUCACCAUUUGUUGUACAUAGCUAAUAGAGCAGCAGCAGCCAGAAUCGAGCAGUUCUGUUGCACAAAAAGCUCUGAAUAUAUCAUGAAAUUCAUCGUUGUGAUUUGGAAUCAUUGGCAUGAAGCCAGAAUCGGUUCCAGAUUCGGUGUACAAUUACACCUUCGAAAACAUCAUCCCUCUUUAUUCUCUGGUAUUAAAACUUGGAUACAAUUAUUUUUCGAAAAAUAAUUUCAAGUCGUAUGAUUCUUCACUUGGCUCCCCCUUCUCAAUCCCCCCCCUCCCGUCGGGAAAAACGCUAAAACUAUUCAGAUAGAGUAGUCUCUUAAGACUGGAGGCUCAAGAACUUAUCGGCGUGAUUUCAUACUUCAUUACAUCUUCCUGACGAUCAGCACGGUUCCUUUACAAGCGACAAAGAAAAAAAAUUCUCUUCGCCAUCAGGUUAGGGUGCUUUUUAUCAACGUGCUGCAAAUUCGAGAAAUCCUGAUCUGGACCAAGCAACGGAAACCUCAGGUAUACACAGAAGUUUCCUGCAAUCCUGGCCAAUCCGUAUGCAACGCUUCAAGGAAACUUGUUAAUUUUUUCCAUCGUUUUUAAUCGAGAAUACCUAUUUGUAAACCAUUGAUUAUUGUAUUGCGUCCGUGAUGCAACGAGAGGACGUCUGGCUCGAUGCAUAUCAACGCUUAACGUCCUUGAACGUAUAGUUAGCGCUGUGGCGAAGACUGAAAUAUGAGGCAGCGCCUCUAUUAAGAAUUGAUUUCAAAACUACACAAAAAAAGUUGUAAAAAAUGUAAAAUAAUUUUUCUUUUUUUCCCCAACUUAUACACUAUUCAUUGUUUCCGACAUAUUUAUAUAUGUAUGUAUGUAUGUUAUAUUUGUAUCGAUUGAACGGCAACAUUUUAAAAGAGUUAAUGAAAAGCAAGUGAGAGUAAAAGAGGGUGUGAAAGAUAAUGAUCGAGAGAGAACGCAAGCAUGAAAGCAAAUGAGAGAAGAAAAGCAGAACUUCACCGUGGAUUUAUUGCAUUCACGUGUGUAUAGAAAUUGAUCGUAAAUAACACUUGUGUGCAUCGGGAAAAUGAUGCUCAUGAAACAAUUUCCAAUCACACAUAAAUCAUAUACAUUAAGGUAGUAAAUAUUUGUUGCAUAAAUGACAUGAUUAUGGCAUACAUACCUCAAUGUACAAUACAUUGCCCAUCUGAUAUCGUUUACAUAAUAAAUUAUUUUUACCUCA